AUGCUCAUUUACGCUUUCCCCGAGCUAAAUCUCUGCAGAAAUAUCCUCCCAAACGAGGAGGGCCUCUGUGCUGGUCGCGAAAUUCUGCGUUUCAGAACUCAGAACGGAAUAAGGAUAAAGAAAGUUGGCGCUAGGAUGGCGAGUUCGAGUGGGACCAAGGAUGACGUGGGCCCACCGAGAUCACUGUCCCGGAGGAUUACGAGGGCGCCCACUAUGGUGGACCCCACUGACGACAAUGGGGCCGUGGACAGUGAGAUUGUGCCGUCUUCGUUGGCCUCCAUAGCACCCAUCCUCCGUGUGGCCAACGAGGUCGAGAAGGAGAACCCUCGGGUUGCUUAUCUAUGUCGCUUUCAUGCAUUCGAGAAAGCACACCGGAUGGACCCAACAUCAAGUGGGCGGGGUAUUCGGCAGUUCAAGACAUAUUUACUACACAGACUUGAAAGGGAAGAAGAAGAGACUAAACCCAUACUUGCAAAAAAUGAUCCGAGGGAAAUCCAGAAAUACUAUCAGAUGUUCUAUGAGAAAAAUAUCCGAGAAGGGCAAUAUACCAAAAAACCGGAGGAAAUGGCCAAGAUCUAUCAAAUUGCGACCGUGUUGUAUGAUGUUUUACGGACAGUAGUUCCUCAAUCAAAAAUCGAUGAACAGACUCAGAGAUAUGCCAAAGAUGUUGAGGAGAAGAAAGAACAGUACGAGCAUUAUAAUAUUCUUCCCUUGUAUGCUGUUAGCGUUAAACCAGCCAUCAUGGAACUAACUGAGAUAAAAGUAGCACUUCGAGCUAUCCGUGAUGUCGAUAGUCUUCCCCAUUUUCAAAUUCAUGAAGGAAAGGAGAGAACAGUAAAUGAUAUUCUUGAGUGGCUUGCUUUACGCUUUGGUUUUCAGAAAGGAAAUGUAGCAAACCAGCGGGAGCACUUGAUAUUGCUUCUUGCUAAUAUGGAUGUGAGAUACAGGAACCUACAGAAUUAUGAGCAUUUAAAUAGCAACACGGUUCAGAAAUUGUUGGACAAGAUUUUCAAGAACUAUAGGUCGUGGUGUAAAUACUUGCACAUUCCACCAAAUCUGGAAUGCCCUUUGGGUGAUAGGAGGCAACAGUCACAGCUUCUCUACAUUGGACUCUAUCUUCUUAUUUGGGGUGAAGCUUCAAAUGUCCGAUUUAUGCCAGAGUGCCUAUGCUAUAUUUUUCAUCGUAUGGCACACGACAUGUACGGGACUUUGUUUGGCAAUGUUCAACAUGUCAUAGGAGGUACAUAUCAGGCGGCUCCACAGCGUGAGGAGUCAUUUCUCAUGGAUGUUGUGACGCCUAUUUACGAGGUUAUGCAAAAGGAAGUUAGGAGAAACAAAAAUGGGAAAGCAAGCCACUCGGCAUGGAGAAAUUAUGAUGAUUUGAAUGAAUACUUUUGGACUAAAAAGUGUUUGAAGUUGGGUUGGCCAUUAGAUAGGAAAGCUGACUUUUUUGUGCAUUCAGAGGUCAUAAAGCCAGCAAACAAGGGAAAUAACCAAGCUGUAGGAAAGAGAAAGCCCAAGACGAAUUUUGUUGAACUGCGUACCUUUUGGCAUCUUUAUACAAGUUUUGACAGAAUGUGGAUUUUUUUCAUAUUGGCUCUUCAGGCUAUGAUUAUCAUUGCAUGGCAUCAGCGUGGAUCCUCCAAUGCUCUUUUUGAUGAUACUCUUGUUCGAAGUGUUAUGAGCAUCUUCAUUACUGCUGCCAUUUUAAACUUUUGGCGAGCUUUCCUGGAUAUAGUCCUGAGUUUUAAUGCCUGGAGGAGCCUGAAAUUUACGCAGAUACUUCGUUAUUUCAUGAAAUUUGUGGUUGCUUCAUUUUGGCUUAUAGUCAUGCCAGUAACUUAUUCCAGAUCCGUUCAGAAUCCAAGUGGGAUAGUAAGAUUCUUCAAUAAUUUGGGAGCAAAUUGGGAGAUCCAAUCAAUGUAUAACUACUCUGUUGCGAUUUAUUUGAUACCCAAUGUAUUGGCUGCAUUGCUAUUUUUCUUUCCUUUUCUUCGAAGAGCUAUGGAACGCUCUACCUGGCGUGUUGUUAACCUCCUAAUGUGGUGGUGUCAGCCAAAGCUGUAUGUUGGACGAGGAAUGCAUGAAGACAUUUUCUCCCUUCUAAAGUACACACUCUUUUGGAUUACCCUAAUAAUCGUCAAGCUUGCAUUCAGCUAUUAUGUUGAGAUAUCACCACUGAUCGAACCAACAAGGAUUAUCAUGAGUCUCAGAGUCAGUAGUUAUGAUUGGCACGAAUUUUUCCCAAAUGUUACUCAUAAUAUUGCGGUAGUAAUUGCAAUAUGGGCCCCAGCUGUUCUGGUCUAUUUCAUGGAUACACAAAUAUGGUAUGCUAUCUUCUCCACUUUUGUUGGUGGAAUCUAUGGAGCAUUCAGCCAUCUUGGGGAGAUAAGAACACUUGGUAUGUUGAGGGCAAGAUUUGAAUCCGUUCCUUCAGCUUUCAGUAGGCGUCUUGUUCCGUACACCAAAGAGGAAACCAGACAAAAUCAACGGGAUGACACAGUGGAAAGAAUAAAUAUCGCAAAAUUCUCUCAGAUGUGGAAUGAGUUCAUAUUAUCUAUGAGAAAUGAAGAUUUGAUAAGCAAUAGGGAGAAAAAUUUGCUUCUUGUGCCGUAUUCAUCAAGUGAUGUAUCAGUCGUUCAAUGGCCUCCUUUCUUGUUGGCGAGUAAGAUUCCCAUAGCAUUGGACAUGGCCAAAGAUUUCAAGGAGAAGGAGGAUGCUGACCUCUUCAAGAAAAUUAAGAAUGAUGAUUUCAUGUAUUUCGCAAUAAUUGAAUGCUACGAAACGCUGAGGGACGUGCUUCUUGGGCUUCUAUUAGACGAUGGGGAUAAAAAAAUUAUUUGGGAAAUAUGUCAUGAAGUGGAAAGCAGCAUCCAGCGGAGAAGAUUCUUGAGGGAUUUUACGAUGAGUGGGCUGCCUCUAUUAAGUGAUAAACUGGAUAAAUUUUUAAACCUUCUGAUGACAGAUUAUGAGGAUGCUCAGUUAUAUCGAUCUCAAAUCAUCAACAAACUUCAAGAUAUUAUAGAGAUUAUCAUCCAAGAUAUAAUGGUUAACGGCAUGCAGGUUUUAGAGAAAGCCAAUUCAGUCCAUCACGAGGAGAGAAAAGAGCAGAUGUUUGAAAGGGUGAAGAUUGAUCUCUUGCAAAGCAGGUCCUGGAUGGAAAAGGUUGUCAGGCUGCAUUUGCUUUUGACCGUGAAAGAAUCAGCAAUCGAUGUUCCUACAAAUAUAGAGGCUCGUCGAAGGACUACUUUCUUUGCGAAUUCUUUAUUUAUGACCAUGCCCAAUGCCCCAAAAGUUCGUAAUAUGCUAUCUUUUAGAAUUUUGGGUCAUAAAAAGUCUUUCCUCUUGAUGGCAAAAUAUUGUGGUCAGGUGAAGGGAGAAAAAGUUAGGAUAUGCUUAUCUCAGAAAUUGAUUUGUGUAUUGACACCAUACUACAGAGAACCGGUUCUUUAUUCGACAGAAGAGCUUAACAAGGAAAAUGAAGAUGGCAUUACGACUCUUUUCUAUCUUCAGAAAAUAUAUCCCGAUGAAUGGAACAAUUAUCAAGAGCGGAUCCAAGAUGCCAAAUUUGAUAACCAAAAUAAAGACCCGUCAGAAUUAGAUCGUCAAUGGGUAUCUUACAGGGGUCAGACACUUGCUCGUACAGUGAGAGGGAUGAUGUACUACCGUGAGACUUUGGAACUUCAGUGCUUUUUGGAUUUUGCUGACGAUAAUGCUAUUUUUGGUGGAUACCGGGCAAUUGAUAUAAAUCACAGAGAUUACAGAACUCUCAAGGAACGAGCACAAGCUUUAGCAGAUCUGAAAUUCACUUAUGUUGUAUCUUGUCAGGUCUAUGGUGCUCAGAAGAAAUCUAGUGACCCUCAAGACCGGAGUUGUUAUGUCAAUAUCUUGAAUCUUAUGCUCACGUAUCCGUCUCUACGUAUUGCUUAUAUAGAUGAAAGGGAGGAAACAAUUAAUGGAAAAACUGAGAAGGUCUAUUAUUCUGUCCUGGUCAAGGGGGGUGAGAAAUUGGAUGAGGAAAUAUACCGUAUCAAGCUUCCAGGUCCUCCAACAGCAAUUGGUGAAGGGAAACCUGAGAAUCAAAAUCAUGCAAUCAUUUUUACUCGUGGAGAAGCCCUGCAAACCAUAGAUAUGAAUCAGAGAAGGAGCAAGAAACUGGAUAUCACCAUCUAUGCCAGUUUAACACUAUUCUUUUGCAUGAUUAUUUCCCCUCAGGAUAAUUAUUUUGAGGAAGCUUUCAAGAUGCGUAAUGUUUUGGAGGAAUUUUUAAGACCUCGUCGUGGACAACGAAAACCUACAAUUUUGGGUCUAAGAGAGCAUAUUUUCACAGGGAGUGUUUCUUCACUCGCUUGGUUCAUGUCCAAUCAAGAAACCAGUUUUGUGACAAUUGGGCAAAGAAUUUUGGCAAACCCCCUGAGGGUAAGAUUCCACUAUGGACAUCCUGAUAUUUUCGACAGAAUCUUUCACUUGACAAGAGGAGGGAUGAGCAAAGCUUCGAAAACAAUCAACCUGAGUGAAGACAUCUUUUCUGGUUACAAUUCGACACUAAGAAGAGGCUUUGUAACACAUCACGAGUAUAUCCAAGUAGGCAAGGGCCGAGACGUCGGUAUGAACCAGAUAUCUCUUUUCGAGGCAAAAGUCGCUAACGGCAAUGGAGAACAGACGCUCAGUCGAGACGUCUUCCGACUUGGACGCCAAUUCGAUUUCUACCGAAUGUUGUCCUUUUACUUCACUACAGUUGGUUUUUACUUCAGCAGCAUGGUUACUGUGCUCACUGUCUAUGUCUUCUUAUACGGACGAUUGUACAUGGUGUUGAGUGGUCUGGAAAGGCGUAUUCUGGAAGACCCAUUCAUGGGCCAAAGUAAUGCUCUAGAGGAGGCUCUCGCAACACAGUCUUUCUUCCAGCUGGGCUUGCUGCUCGUUCUCCCCAUGGUUAUGGAGAUUGGGCUCGAGAGAGGAUUUCGAAGCGCCAUUGGCGAUUUCAUAGUCAUGCAGCUCCAGCUGGCAUCAGUCUUCUUCACAUUCCAGCUCGGGACAAAAGCGCACUAUUACGGGCGUACCCUUUUGCACGGCGGCUCCAAAUACCGGGCCACAGGGCGCGGUUUUGUCGUUUUCCAUGCAAAGUUUGCUGAGAACUACAGAAUCUACUCGCGCAGCCAUUUUGUGAAGGGGCUGGAGCUUUUCAUACUGCUGAUAGUUUACGAGGUGUAUGGCCACUCGGCACGUGGCUCCUCGUCUCUGUACUUCUUCAUUACUUUCUCGAUGUGGUUUCUUGUGGCCUCGUGGCUUUUUGCUCCGUUUGUUUUCAACCCGUCAGGGUUCGAGUGGCAAAAGACGGUGGAGGACUGGUCGAAUUGGAAAAGGUGGAUGGGAAAUCGUGGAGGGAUCGGAAUCUCGCCUGAUAAGAGUUGGGAGUCGUGGUGGAACGAGGAGCAGGAUCACUUGAAGUAUACUAAUAUAAGGGGUCGGGUGCUCGAGAUUAUCCUUGCUUGCCGUUUUUUCAUCUACCAAUAUGGGAUUGUGUAUCGGCUUCGGAUAUCGCAUGGCAGCACGGAUAUUUUGAUGGUGUCAAUGGGGAGAAGAAAAUUCGGCACCGAUUUUCAGCUUAUGUUUAGGAUUUUGAAAGCACUUCUAUUCCUUGGGUUCGUGUCUGUCAUGACUGUACUAUUUGUGGUCUUCAACCUUGCCGUCAGCGAUUUAUUUGCUGCUAUUCUGGCUUUCAUGCCCACUGGCUGGGCCCUUAUUCUGAUUGCUCAAGCGUGCAGACCUUGUCUGAAGGGUAUCAGAAUCUGGGAUUCAGUAAGGGAGUUGUCGAGAGCAUAUGAAGCUAUAAUGGGGCUUGUUAUAUUCACACCUGUUGUUUUAUUAUCUUGGUUCCCAUUUGUAUCCGAAUUCCAAACACGGCUGCUGUUUAACCAAGCGUUCAGUCGAGGCCUCCAGAUUUCCAUGAUCUUGGCUGGGAAGAAGGAUAAGACAUCUUCAAACUGAUUUUCUUUUUUUUUUUUUGCUCCCCCAUUUUUUCUCUGUGGAAAUUCUUGUUCUAUUAUUUAGAUGAUAGUGAAUGUGAAUGAGUAUACAUAUAACCUAAUAUCUGCAACUCUGCAAGAAGUAGUAGACUAGUAGGAAUGGUGCCACUACCUUAAGAGCUUUCAGAAUUUUUGGACUGGAAAAAGUGUACAAAUUUUUAUUAAUUUCUUUUAUUGGUUCUUUAGUAUAUCACUCUGUUUACGGAUAGAUGUACUUGACAGUCGUUACUCGUUAGAA